AUGAAUAUUAGAGACAGAACAUCAGAGUUUCAAAGAUGUAUAAUUACAUAUAAAAAAUUGUAUAAUAAACAGUCUGCUUCGAAUAGAAACGAAUCUGGUAACAAUGAUAACAAUGAAAAAAGUCGUCCUGUAUCUGACUUCCAAAAGAAAGCCUCCGGUAUAGCCAAAGAGAUAUCACGAACUGCACAAUUAUUAUCUAAAUUGGCUAUCUUAGCGAAAAGAAAACCUAUGUUUAAUGAUAAUCCAGUGGAGAUUGCUGAAUUAUCUUUUUUAAUUAAGAGAAAAAUAUAUUCUAUUGAACAAGAUUUGGUUGAACUUGCUAAAAUAAGUAAUAAUAACAAUAAUAAUGGUAGGGGUAUCAAUAAUAAAUACAGUUAUAAUAAUAGGGAGAAACUUACAUCGAAACACUCUCAUAAUGUGGUUAAUCUAUUAAACACAAAAAUGAAGAAUAUUUCAGGAGAUUUUAAGAAUGUUUUGGAAGAGAGACAAAAAUUGGAGUUAAGUAAUAGAGACAGAUGGGGGAAAAUUAAUGAUGAGACUUCCAACAGUAAUAACAAUAACGUCACUGGAGUAAGUAAUGAAUAUAACGAUAAUAACAGUAAUAAUGGCAGCAGUAUUUCCACCAAUAUAGGCGAGGUUGGGUACAAUAGUAGUAAUCCGUUCAUGUCGUCAUUACUUGACGAGACAGAUAACAUAACUGAUGGUAAUAAUGCAACUAGUGACUAUGGAAAUCAACAGUCUGGUAUCAGUGGAUUAGCUGUACCCACUAGUGAUCAACAGCUGAUGUUAAUGGAGGAAGGUAUGAUAAAUGAAAACAUGUAUUUACAAGAGAGAAGCCGUGCUGUAGAGACAAUAGAAUCUACAAUUCAGGAAGUCGGGAAUUUGUUUCAACAAUUAGCUUCCAUGGUACAAGAACAAGGUGAAACAAUCCAAAGAAUCGAUGCAAAUGUGGAAGAUAUUGAUAUGAACAUCACAGGUGCUCAAAGGGAAUUAUUAAAAUAUUUUGAUAGAGUUAAAAGUAAUAGAUGGCUAGCUGCCAAGAUUUUCUUUAUUAUAUUUGUUUUUUUCUUAAUAUGGGUACUUGUCAAUUGA